AUGGAAUUUCAAGAUUAUGCCUUUUCUAUGCCGACGUGCUACCAACUGGGAAUUCCAAGUGACAACACUCCAUUGACCCAAUAUCAACCGUAUCAUUAUGGCCCACAAGUUACAAUGCCUAUCCCUCAUCCUCUAUACGACUAUAACCUAGAACCAGCCUUUAUACGCAAAAGAAACGAAAGAGAAAGAAUUCGAGUUCGACACGUCAACGAGGGUUAUGCAAGACUCCGCGAACACUUGCCCGAAGAACCAACGGACAAGCGAAUGUCAAAAGUUGAAACAUUACGAGCUGCGAUUCGAUACAUUAAACACCUAGAAAGCCUACUAGAGAAUGAAACGCCAAAGAUUGAUGAACAGCAACAACAGAAUAGCUCUUAA